AUGGCAAGUAGAAACUUAUCCUCCUGCUUUUUCUUCUUCAUAAUUUUGUGCGUUCAGCUUAGAAUAAGUUGCUCGCAAUUGUCAUCUAAUUACUACUCCACUUCCUGUCCAAAAGCUCUUCUCACCAUCAAUGCAGCCAUCACUAAAGCAAUGUUUAAGGAACGUCGAAUGGGAGCCUCAUUGCUUCGCCUUCAUUUCCAUGACUGCUUCGUUAAUGGAUGUGAUGCAUCUGUUCUACUAGAUGAUACAGCAAGUUUCACGGGGGAGAAAACUGCUGGACCGAAUAAUAACUCAUUAAGAGGGUUUGACGUUAUCGAUACUAUCAAAUCUCAACUAGAGUCCUUGUGUCCCCAAGUUGUCUCCUGUGCUGAUAUUCUAGCUGUUGCAGCUCGGGAUUCUAUUGUUUCGCUGGGUGGACCAUCAUGGGUGGUUCAAUUAGGCAGAAGAGACUCAACCACUGCAAGUUUAAGUGCUGCAAACAGCGAGAUUCCAUCCCCUCUAAUGGAUCUCAGCGAUCUCAUCUCAGCCUUCUCAAACAAAGGCUUCACUUCAAAAGAAAUGGUUACCCUUUCAGGAGCUCACACGAUAGGCCAAGCGAGAUGCAUGGCAUUUCGUGACCGAGUCUACAACGAAAGCACCAUUCUUUCAUCUUUUGCAACAUCCCUGAAAACUAACUGUCCAAACACAGGCGGAGACGACAAUCUUUCACCGCUGGAUGCAGCAAGCCCUUUCUCUUUCGACAAUGCUUAUUUCAGGAAUCUAGUCAAUAACAAAGGUCUCUUGCAUUCUGACCAGCAACUCUUCAGUGGUGCUUCAACAGAUUCUCAAGUCACCACUUAUAGCACCAAUCCUGCAUCAUUCCGUGCUGAUUUUGUUAGUGCAAUGAUCAAAAUGGGGAGCCUUAGCCCACUUACAGGGAACGACGGUCAGAUCAGAACCAACUGCAGGAAGACGAAUUAA